AUGCGAAAUAUGGAGUCUGCUACCCGAGAACAUACACAGAGAGUUUUUCAAGAGACUGAUAAGCUGAGAAAACAGUUAGUUGAGAAAGAGAGUUACAUCCAAAGGAGAUCCAGGCAACUAAAUGAAUUGGUUGCUCAAACUGACAUGGAAAGAAGAAAACUGGAGGAAGAGCGGGAAAAGAAUGCUGACGAAAAUGAUUCCCUCAACAUGGCUCGAAUUGAGCAACAAAAAGCUGAUGAAUGUGCGCUAAAGCUCCUUGAGAAACACAAGAAAGAGAAGGAGGCUGCUUUCAACAAAAUACUGCAGUUAGAAAGGCAGGUGGAUGAAAAGCAAAAGCUGGAGCUAGAUAUUGAACAACUUAAAGGCAAACUGGAAGUGUUGAAACACAUGGAGGGAGAGGGUGUUGAUGUGAAGAAACGUUCCGAGGAGCUGACAGCAGAACUGAACGAAAGAAUCGAGCAGAUGGAAGAUCUGGAAGCUCUCAAUCAAACUCUCGUUAUUAAAGAAAGGAUGACCAAUGAUGAGAUUCAAGAUGCAAAGAAAGAGCUGAUCACGGGUUUGUCGGAAUUAUUAGGUCCUCGUAGCAACAUCAGAAUCAAGAGGAUGGGUGAACUGGAUGAGAAGCCCUUUCUUCUAGCUUGCAAGCAAAGGUAUGGAGACAACGCCGAAAUGGAAGCAGUUAAACUUUGCUCGUUGUGGCAAGAGGACCUGAAGGACCCUAAUUGGCAUCCUUUCAAGAUAGUGACCACAGGCCCAACGGCAGAGCAAGUCAUUAAUGACGAGGAUGAGAAACUGGUGAGCUUGAAGGAGCAGCUCGGUGAAGACGUCUACAAGGCUGUGACUACAGCAUUGCUGGAGAUCAAUGAGUACAACGCUAGUGGCAGCUACGUGGUAUCUGAACUCUGGAACAACAAAGAGAACCGAAAGGCAAGCAUAACCGAAGCCAUACAGCAUGUCCUGAAGCAAUGGAAGGCACAGAAGCGUCGAAGAUAGAUAUACAUCUCGCUGGAAAAAACUAGGGUUUGUUGUUCUUGUCGCAUUCAGUAAAUACUCCGCGAAAGUGUUCCCAUUCUUGUGCUUGUAAUAAGUGGUUGAUCACUUGAUCUGCGUAUCAGCAGGUCUUUCGGUAGCUAACUAUAUAUCAAGCAUCAACGGCCAGUCCAGACGCUACUUCUACUGAAGAUGAUCAAUCUGCAGCUGUGUUCAGCUUGGCGGCUGCAAGCUCAAGUAGCUUUAUUUAUCGUUCCUUUUUUUUGGUCGAAAAAAGUAGAUUGGAGAAUAUCCUAGAGCAGACGUUCUCUUUUUGAGUCUUCGGUAACUGUAACCUUGCCUGGUGCUCCCGUCACUUUGUCAGUGACAUGUCUAUGGAAGAGUAUGGACCUGUCUCCCAAUGUGCGUUGUGUCAUCUCGCUCCUGCA